AUGUCAGAUAAAGAGGAGAAUAAUGGCAACACAUCACAGGAUAAAGUUAAUAUCAUAAAGGAAAGAAAAAAAAUUGAUAUCAAGUAUAUUGAAAAUAAAACCAGGCGUCACGUCACAUUCAGUAAAAGGAAACAUGGGAUAAUGAAAAAGGCUUUUGAACUGUCGGUACUGACAGGAACCCAGGUAUUACUAUUGGUUGUCUCUGAGACUGGUCUAGUGUAUACAUUCAGUACGCCGAAGUUUGAGCCAAUUGUAACGCAACCAGAGGGAAGAAAUUUGAUCCAGGCAUGUUUAAGCGCACCUGAUCAACUAAGCGAUGAUGAUGAGAAGGAUGGAAGCAAUCUUAAUAAAAGUAAUUUUAGUGAUAGUAGUAAUCUAUUCGGCAAAAAUGAAGAUGUUAAAAUGAAUAUUCGCCCUAAUGUAUCUUCUAAUCUUACCAUUCAGCAACCUGCGCAGCCUCAACGGCAGCAGUAUAAUGCGCAAAAUGAGCAAAACAUGGCUCAAACUGGAAUGAUUCCCCAGAGACAGGAAACGUAUACAUCAUCCAAUCCUUAUGUAGCCAAUGCUUUCUAUCCAAACUACUAUCCUGAUGUUUCAGAGAAUCAAUACUGA